AUGGUUGUUAUUGCAGUGGUGCUGAUUUUCUGUGUUAUAUAUUUGCUUCAUCCAGGACGCUUUGCUUGUUAUUAUUCAUAUAUUAAUGAUGAUGAAAUUGUCAGUUCUCUGGGAAUCUCACCUGCUGCAGUCAAGGUGGCGGAAGAUUAUGGCAUGCCACUUUGUUCUGUAACCUUCAAUAGUUCAGUUACUGAAGUGCAUUACCCUAUACAAAAUACUGACCUAAAUGAUGGCACAGUAUUUGCCAAAACACUAAAUAUAACUGAUGGAGGUGAAUGGAAACCACAGAAAUGUGUUUCAAAAUUCAGUGUUGCUGUUGUUGUUCCAUACCGCAACCGUAGUAGCCAGCUACAAAUUUUUCUGAAAUACAUGCAUCCAUUUCUUCAGAACCAGUUGUUGAGCUACCAGAUAUUUGUUGUGGAACAGGCACUGGAUGGAGCAUUUAACAGAGCAAAGUUGCUCAACGUAGGCUUUGUGGAAGCUAUGAAGAUACGGCCUUUUCAUUGCUUUAUUUUCCAUGACGUGGACUUGAUUCCUCAGAAGGACAACAACAUAUAUGCAUGCACUUCUCAGCCACGACACAUGUCAUCAUGCGUGAAUACUUUCCGUUACCAUUUGCCAUAUGAGGAACUAUUUGGUGGAGCUGUUGCAAUACUUCAGAAUCAGUUUGAGGUAGUGAAUGGAUUUUCCAACAACUUUUAUGGCUGGGAGUGUUGGCGCGCUCCUUAUGGGGUCGGGGGUCGCGAGCGUGCCACCAGAAAUACCUGCGACCCGGGCCGCGCCGGCCCAACAGGUAGGCAGCGGCCGCCUCUCGGCAGGCUAGCUCGCGGCCCGCCUCUGCCUGCUGGCCGGCUGCUACUUGCGGCUGGCGGACCGCCAGCGCCGCGCAUGCGCACGCCGGGCUACCUUGACACAGAAACGCUGCUGGCUGCGCGUUACGUAAUCCAUUCCUGCCGCGCCGCGCCGCGCCUCGGCCGGCUCUUUGCGUAUUCCGCUCUCGCGCGAUGCCGGCGCGCCGCUCCAGCCACCAUGGUGCCGGCGCACAAACAUCUCUUCCGCUGA